AACCACUCCCUGGACACAUUCCCAUGUCAACAAUACAUCACAUCCAGCCAGACCCUACAUUCUCUUGGAUCUGUUAGAAACACUUGUACUUGGGUCUGUUAUUUCUUCACUGUCUUCUUCUUCUCUGCUCAGAAGCAGUGGGUUUAGAAGGAGCUGACAGAAGGACUGCUACCAUGGCUGAUGGAGAGGGAUCCACCUGUCUUAUGGUCAUUCUCAUCCUGGGGAAUAUAUUUGGAGCUGCAGCAGGUCUUGCCCUUUGUGCUCUGGCCAUCUGGGUUGCAGUAGAUGGAUACAAUCUCUACCCUAUAUCUGAUGUGUCGGGGAAAGAUGACAUCUUUGCUGGGGCCUGGAUUGCCAUUUUCACAGGCUUUGCCUUCUUCUGCAUGUGUGUUUUUGGUAUCUUGGCUGCUGCGAAGAAGAGCCGUGCCUUAAUGCUCACAUAUCUGAUCCUGAUGUUGAUCAUCUACAUAUUUGAGUGUGCCUCAUGUAUCACUGCAGUCACCCACAGAGACUAUCUGGUUGGAAACAGUAAUCUGGUGAAGAAGCAGAUGCUGAAGUACUAUACAGCCGACGGUGACUCUGGCAGUCGGAUCACACUGACAUGGAACAAAGUGAUGAGAGAGGUGGGGUGUUGUGGAACAGACAGCCCAGUGGACUGGAUAGAGUACAACUCCACCUUCAGGGGGAAGUUUGGUACAGAAUAUCCCUGGCCCAUCCACUGCUGCAAGAGGAAGAACAACUACGAGGUGGUGAAUGUGGAGGCUUGCAAGAUCGGCCAGAACACCACCAUGUUCACUCAGGGCUGCUUCAACCACAUUGAGUCUGUGUUCAGUCGAUAUACAUGGGCUAUCAGCUGGUAUGGUUUCGCUGUGCUAAUGUUUGUGUUCUGGCUGUUGAUCCUGGCCAUGGUGUACUACCUGAAGCUAUGACAAGUCUGGAGGGGACAUCUCUAACACAUGUUUUUGACUUUCUGCUGAAGCCACACCAACCCUCAAUUAAGCAAUUACCUCCUUUCUUAAAUAACAAAUGAUUGUGGUAAUGAUGACAGAAAAGUAUUUCUGAUAUAUAGAGAAUGAACACUUUCCAUCUUUUUAGGUAAAUGGUCUCAAAUUUGUAGAUUUUAUUUAUGUUCAUUUUGUUAAUGGUUUAUUGCACUGUAAAUUGCAUAACUCAUAUUCUAUCUUAUUCUAUAAGUAGGGUGACCACAUGUCCCGGAUUGUUAUGCAAUAAACAGAACUUCAAUGUCUUACUGCUUUGGUAAUGGGAUAGAUAUAUAGUUAUCAUAGAAUGUAAGAGAAAAUAUAUUUAAAACUUUCAAGAACAUGAUUCACAUGACUGUUGUACAUUUCAGAUUUGUAUAUCCCGUUCCAUUUCUUGUUGAAUUGUGUUAUAUUAUUAACAGAGAUCAAAGCUCAGGGAUUCUUGAAAGUCAGGACAAUCCUUGUCUGGGAAGGGAAACUUAAUUUUUAUUGUUUUUAUUUUUUCAUUAUUUGAGUUUAAAAUUUUAAUAUAAGUGAAUUUUAUAAGGGAUUAUUUGUUUGUUGUAAUUUUCAAAAUAUUUUCUAUAUUAUUCAUUUCCAUGUUGACUCUGUGCCAGGAAAUGCCCUUGUCCAGAGCAAACUCCCCCAAAAAGUGUCAAAAAAAAAAGUUGGCCAAAAAUUAAAUAACUUAGAAAGGA